GAACGCUUGACAAAGAGGUUGCUGUGACAAACUAAGAUUCUCCUUCCAAACCUCAAGCUAAGGCUAUAAAUACUUAACUCUGUGGCCCUGGUAUGUACUAGAACACCAAUAGCCAAGGGAUUUCAGAAGAUGGAGCAGAAAGAGAAUCAUGCUGGAAGGAAAAAAGGAGGGCUCAUCACAAUGCCCUUCAUCUUUGCUAAUGAGGUUUGUGAGAAGUUGGCUGUGGUGGGUUUCAACACAAACAUGAUAAGCUACUUGACAACACAGCUUCAUAUGCCAUUAACCAAAGCAGCUAACACCCUCACUAACUUCAGUGGAACUGCAAGCUUGACACCAUUGCUUGGUGCUUUCAUUGCUGACUCUUUUGCCGGAAAGUUCUGGACUGUCACCGCUGCUUCCAUUAUAUACCAAAUUGGGAUGGUUAGUUUGACAUUAUCAGCAGUGCUUCCACAGUUUAGGCCACCUCCUUGUCACGGUGAGGAGGUGUGCAAACAAGCGAGUGCAGGACAGCUGGCAGUGCUAUACAUCUCACUUUUACUCGGUGCACUCGGGUCGGGUGGGAUUCGCCCCUGCAUCGUAGCGUUUGGGGCGGAUCAAUUUGAUGAAUCCGACCCGAAACAGACAACAAGGACAUGGACUUACUUUAAUUGGUACUAUUUUGUGAUGGGUGCGGCUAUUCUUGUGGCUGUGACAGUUUUGGUUUACAUUCAAGAUAACAUUGGGUGGGGAUUGGGCCUGGGAAUCCCCACCGUUGCGAUGUUCAUCUCAAUUAUUGCAUUCAUUGUCGGGUACCCGCUUUACCGGAACUUGAACCCGGUGGGUAGCCCGUUUACCCGGUUGGUGCAAGUGGGUGUGGCAGCAUUUCGUAAGAGAAAGUUGCCGAAUGUUGCACACCAUGGCUUGCUAUACCAAAAUGAUGAAAUUGAUGCGGCUAUUUCAAUGGGAGGGAAGCUUCUGCAUACUGAACAGAUGAAGUUUUUGGACAAGGCAGCAAUUGUGACAGAAGAAGAUGAGAGUGGGAAAGCACCCAACUUGUGGAGGCUAAGCACAGUUCACAGAGUGGAGGAGUUGAAGUCCAUAAUCAGGAUGGGCCCAAUAUGGGCCUCGGGCAUUCUUCUAAUCACAGCCUAUGCGCAACAGAGCACAUUCUCCCUCCAACAAGCAAAAACAAUGGACCGACACUUAACAAAAACGUUCGAAAUCCCAGCAGGGUCCAUGUCGGUCUUCACCAUCCUCACCAUGCUCACGACCACGGCCUUCUACGACCGGGUCUUCAUCAAAGUGGCCCGCAGAUUCACCGGGCUUGACCGCGGCAUAAGCUUCCUCCACAGAAUGGGCAUUGGGUUCGUCAUCUCAACCCUUGCCACCUUCGUGGCGGGCUUUAUCGAAAUGAAGCGAAAGAGAGCCGCUUGGGCCCACGGGCUUUUCGACCACCCACAUGCCACCAUCCCAAUCUCGGUCUUCUGGCUCGUUCCACAGUACAGUCUCCACGGCAUGGCUGAGGCCUUCAUGUCCAUUGGGCACUUGGAGUUUUUCUACGACCAGGCCCCAGAGAGCAUGAGGAGCACUGCCAUGGCACUGUUUUGGACUGCAAUUUCUGUUGGGAACUAUGUGAGCACCCUUUUGGUUACUCUUGUCCACAAGUUCAGUGCUGGGCCCAAUGGCUCCAAUUGGCUUCCUGAUAACAACCUCAACAAGGGCAAGUUGGAGUAUUUUUAUUGGCUCAUCACAGUGCUGCAGUUUCUUAAUCUCAUUUACUACUUGGUUUGCGCCAAAUUGUACACUUACAAGCCAAUUCAGGUCCAUGACAAAGGGGAUAGCAGUUCCGAAGUUGAACUCACCACCACAGUUUAAGUGCCAUGGCUUAUUAGAGUUUUAUAAUUACUUAAUUACCCUCUCUCAGGAGGGACGAUGCUUAGAGACUAGGAGACUCGAUCGUGUGCUGUAUAUAAAUAAUUAUUCUUACUAAACAAUAGUAGAAUAUAUGUGUUGCUUGUGUUCUUCUUUCAUUUAUUAUUAACAUGUCUUUACUUUAAAUUA